GAAGCAAAUUGGUUACUUCAUUUACAAAAUUUGAUUUUAACGAAAAGGGAGCCUACAAGGAUUAUGGACCUUCUAUCACUGAAUUUAGGUGUGGGUGUGUGUGAGUGAGUGCCAUAGCUUAUGUGGGUCAACUGAAAAGCUCAUAAGCUUACCAAGAUACCCACAUGGAACGUGACCAUAUGAGGUUUAUUUCUUAAUGCAUUUUCCCUUGUAACUCACACACUCUUUCCAUUGGUGUUGCAGUGCUUCGAUACUAUUGGUGAAGAAGUUCUUUUUAUCCUGUUAGUCAUAAAAGUCAUCAACAGAAGAUAUGACAUCAUCAUUACUGCAUUACUGAUUCUCAGCCCAGUGUUUUUUCAUGUUGGGGAACAGAUGAUGGUCAGAUGGGACCAAAUGAGAAGAAUAGGGUGGAUGAUCAACCAAUUCAAAGCCACAGUCAUACACAGCAGCCAUUGAAACUAGGGACUUCUGUGCUGGAGCAUUAUCCUGAUAAAACAAGACCCUUUUCAUCAGUUUUCCUGGGUGCUUUGUCUUCAUAGCCUUUCAUAACUACCUCAGCAAGUUGGCAUUGAUUUUGUGACCCUUUUGAAGAUAGCCAAUAAGCACAAUGCCUUUUGCAACCUAAAAAACUGAGGCCAUCACCUACCUUGUAGAUGAAAGGGAACCAGCUUGAUCUGCCUGAAAGAAUGUCAGAUUUUUCCUUAUGAUCAGCCUGGUGUACUUUUGAUCAGGUCUCAGAUGUGGCACCCACCAAGCAGAAACCUUCAUCAUGUCAAGUAAAUCACCUGUCAUCCAUCAUCAUGUAGUGAACAUGAUCAAUGUUUUCCUCAGUGGUGGCAGUUGCAGGACAUCCAGAAUUUGGGUCAUCUUUAAGAGCGUCCCUUCCCCUCCUAAAUUCAGCUGCCCGCUUUUGCACUGUUGAUAAAUGUAACAACCUAAUGUAACAACCAUGUCAACAUGAAUGUCCUUGGAGCCUAAACCUUUUGCUGCAGGUUUGAGUGUGUAAAAGUGUAUCCAUUGCAACAUUAUGGAGUCUUCACAAAAACAUUGGGUUCAAGAACUAUUUCCCCCUGCAUUCCAGUAUUCUGAAGAUGAUUUCAGUCUAAUAUGUAACCCAAAGUACACAUCAAGAAUCUCUAGCAAAAGCCCAGGGAUUACUGCAAAUGAAAUUAAAGACGUCUAUCAGAAAGUAGCUGAAAUAAAUCUUGCAAAGAAAAUAGCUGAAGAGAAAAAAGCAGCUGACAUUAAACAACGAGAAAAUGAUAUGGAAUACUUGUUUGGUGGAAGGAAUUUGGAACCAAAAACAAAAACAUCUGGAAAAAGGGUUGUUUGGACAUCAGAUGAACUUAGCAUAUUAAGGAGUAAACAGGAAGGUAUCAAGAAAGAAAAUACAGAAAUGAAAGUCAGAUUACAAAAGCAGGAGACUUAUAUUAAACAGCUAGAAGAGAAGGCUACUGUCCUUACAACGAUAUCAAAUGAAGCUCUAGAAAAUAUAUCAAGCUUGAAAAAAGUGAAUGAACAACAGCAUAUAUAUAUUGUAUCUCUAAAGACAGAACUGAAGUCAGCAAAUUCAACUAUAGAGAGUUUAUACAAAAUUAACAGUGAACUAUCAGAAGAAUGGGAGAAACUCUUGAAGAAGACUUCUGAGCUGAAAGUAUUAUUGAAUAAAAAACAAAAUGAAUAUGAAAAAAAUGUUAAACAGUUGGAGAAUACCAAAUUAGAUUUAUCGAAAAAACUGGAAUUAAACAUUGAAAAAUUAAAAGCUUCAUACAAGAGUAAGUUGGAAUUAUUAAGUGAUCAACUGAAUAAUUAUCAAAGUAAAUAUCUUUCUGAAUACCAACAACAUAGUGUCUCUAAAAAAGAAUUGCAAAAUCUUGUGCAGCAUUUCCUCAAGCUAUCUUCAAGUUCUGAUCAAGUUCCACCAGACCAAUUACAACGUUUUGACUAUGCUUUAUGAUUUGAUUUUCUAAGCUGUGUAAUAAAGAAAUUCACUUUGAAAUUA